UGAAUUGGCUGAACAGAUCAAAAUUUUAUAUCACAUUGAAACAUAUAAAACGUUCGUACGAGAUUCUCACGCUUCAGUGUCUGUAAAUUUCUCGACUAGUGCAGUCAGUUCAGCUAAAAAGAACCGACUAAUUGCUAGAUGCGCAGAACUCAUGUGCGAGAGACGAACUUUAGGACCAUUUCUCACGAAGUGAACCUGUUGCUCUGACUUAUACUAUGGUUAGAUAUAUUUCAGUAGUUGACAUAAGAUUAUAUUACUCGUGAUUACGAAACAAAGUAAUUAAAACAAAAUAAGAUAUCAAGUAAUACAAAGAAGGAGCAAGAUGUCUGAGGAUGAAGUAGAAAGCUUUGAAAUUACUGAUUAUGAUUUAGACAAUGAAUUUAAUAUAGCCCGUCCUCGACGCAAAUUCACGAAGAAACAACAAAUGCUAGGGAUGUGGGCUGAUGACAGUGAUGAAGACGAAUUAUCUGCCAGACCAUCUUUCAAAACUUUUAAUAAAGGACCAAAAAACUAUACAACACCUGUUAAUUUUGUUGCUGGUGGUAUCCAGCAAGCAGGAAAACCAAAAGAUAAGAAAGAAAAUAACGAUGAGGAGGAAGAUGAAGAGACACAAGAGUCUCAAUCUAAAUAUCAAGAUGAUUCAAGCUCAGAAGAUGAGAGGUCAAGUAACUCAAAAUCACAAUCGUCUUUCUCUUUGAAUUUGGAGAGCGACAUCGCAGGCCUGCGUAAAAAGCGAAAUCAAGUAAACCCAUUAUUGCUGAAAAGUGGAAUGGGUAGUUGGGAAGUACAUACAAAAGGUAUCGGUGCUAAAUUGUUACUACAGAUGGGAUUUGAACCUGGUAAAGGUUUAGGUAAACAGUUGCAAGGAAUAAGCGCACCAGUGGAAGCACAUCUCAGAAAGGGAAGAGGCGCGAUUGGUGCGUAUGGUCCCGAGAAAACACCUAAAAUUCCAGAUGUAAAGAAGGAUGACGAUGGAGAAGAGGCGAAAGAAUCCAAGUCAAAAGUAUCCCAAUGGCGAAAGAGUGAUAAUAGCAAUAAGAAGAAGACGAGAUAUAUUUACAAAAGUGUAGAUCAGGUUUUAGAAGAUGGAAAAUUGAAACCGAAUAGAAAACUUCCAGUGUCGAGUGAAAUGAGCAAGGUCAAAGUAAUCGAUAUGACAGGGCCAGAGCAGAGAAUUCUCAGCGGGUAUCAUGCGAUAGCCGGUGGCCAGCAGUGUCCCGACGAGAUUGUUAUUACGUCCGAUAAGAAGACUAAAGUAAAUUUUUCUCUGCCUGAAUUACAGCAUAAUGUAAAUUUAAAAGUGAGCAUGUGCGAACAAGAUAUUAUUCAAAAUGAUCGGCGGACGAGGUAUUUAAACGACAGAGUGAUCACGCUGGAAGCAGAAAAGAAGAACAAGUCAAAAGUCAUCGAUCAAAUUAGCCAAUCAAUUCACACGAUGGAGAAUGUGUUGGUGAUCAUGGACAGAUUAAUGAAUGAAACGAACGAGCUGACGCUACAGGAGACUGCGGAGGCUUACAAAAAUUUAAAAGACAAUUAUUAUGAAGAGUAUAAAAUGUUCGAGCUUGGUGAAUUAGCUAGUAGUUUCGUGGCCCCAAAGAUUAAAGAUUGUCUGCUGAGUUGGAAUCCACUGAUGGAGCCGAAGAAUGCAAUUAAAUUGUUUGAAGUGUGGAAGGAUAUUUUGGAAAAUGGAGCUAGUAGUACACUCCAAGCUCGAGCUAUGCAUCCAUAUGAUCAAUUGGUGUGGAAUGCAUGGAUGCCAUCGAUCAGAGGAGCCAUACAGCAAUGGACAUGUAGGCAGCCAGAACCCCUAAUCGAAUUAAUAGAGCACUGGAUGCCACUGUUGCCUAAUUGGAUUUUGGAAAAUAUACUGGACUUAUUAGUGUUACCGAAAUUAACAUUAGAGGUGGAAGAAUGGAAUCCUCUUACUGACACUGUGCCUAUCCAUACAUGGAUUCAUCCUUGGUUGCCAUUAUUACGAAAUCGUUUGGAUACCCUAAUUUAUCCUAUAAUACGCAGAAAACUUGGAUCUGCUUUAGGAGGUUGGCAUCCGUCGGAUAGAUCCGCUAGGUUAAUGCUGCAACCAUGGGCGCAGGUAUUUGCCAAGGGAGACAUGGAAGCAUUUUUAGUGAAGAAUAUAAUUCCAAAGUUGCAAGUAGCCUUGUCCGAAUUCGUUAUAAAUCCGCAUCAACAGCAUUUGGAUCAGUGGAACUGGGUGUACGAAUGGAAGGAUUUGAUCCCGCCUCACGUUAUGGCAGGAUUGCUCGAUAAGUUUUUCUUUCCCAAGUGGCUGCAGGUCCUGGCACUUUGGCUCAAUCAUUCGCCCAAUUACGACGAAGUUACAACCUGGUAUAUGGGUUGGAAGGGGAUGUUGAGUGACAAGUUACUAGCGGAGCCGGCAGUGAAAGAGCACUUCAAGAAAGCGUUAGACAUGAUGAACAGAGCCGUCACGGGGCCACAAAGUCAUCAACCUGGCGCAUUGGAACAGGUUUCGUAUCUAACGAGCUUAGAGAGAACCCAACCGACGAUGUCACAGAUGGCACCGAUUGCGCAGCCGCGAAUAGAGAGACUCGCAGAGGCAGUGCGAACCGCUUCGCAGAUCCCGCAGGGCUUCAAGGAUCUCGUGCAAAAGAAGUGCGAAGAACGUGGUAUAUUGUUCAUGCCGAUCCCGAACAGAUACAAAGAAGCCAAACAAGUGUACAAAGUGGGAAACGUCCAGGCAUAUAUCGACGGCAACGUACUGUUUGUGUGCCACAACGGUACAAAUUGGAUGCCAACGCAUUUAAAUGCCUUAUUAGAUAUGUCUGAACCUUAGGAUCCUGUAUGAAAUUAGCCACACAAUUGUUCAAACUGUAUAGUUACUUUGUCGUAUUCAUACCGUAAAUAUGCUGUAAGAUAUUUCUGAAUAUAUAUAUGUAUAUACAA